UUACAGGUUAUUUCAGAUAUCUUGAGCUCCAGAGAAAGACUUGACCUUAUCACCAACCACGAAGGAGAUCAUGACGACACGGGCUCGGCCACCGACAGCAGCAGAUUCGUCACACAAGGUCCAGAUGGCAAACUUUACCAACCCAUUCCUGUAAGAACUGUUACGGAGAACACAGAACAACAAACAGAACAUCCCGGUGACACAUAUGAGUACGGAGUGUUUGGACUUGGUGCCUGUAAGCCUAAAUGGAGUCAACGUCUGGCCAAUCUCAACGUGUUUGUCGUUGUUUAUGGAGUAGCCGGAAUCUGGAUGAUCACUCUCUCCGGUUUUUUAGGAUCUCAGGUCACGUCAAUAGAGCGCCAUCUUGGAAUUUCCAGCAGCAAAACAGGGUUUAUAUUGAGCAGUAAUGAGAUCGGCUACCUGGUGUUCGUGAUUCUCGGAAGCCACCUGGGCAAGUACACCCACAUCCCCGUGUUCCUGUCAGUCUCGGGCCUUGUCUUUGGUCUGGCCACACUCGCUAUGGCGCUCGGAAGACUGGAGACACCCAGGGUAUGGCAGGACGCUACGGAUAAAAGCCCUUCUGGCGCCCAGUCGAGCACCUUUGACAGUUCUGCCAAGUACCUCUGUGAUUCUGGAUUUUCAGCAUCUAUCGAUACAGUCUUGAUUUCUACGAACUCUUCCACAUUUUCCCCGAACAUAUCGGGAGAUUUGAGCCCGUCUCGUUCAGUUUCGUGGGUAUUUUAUCUGCUCGUGUUCUGUACAAUAAUAGGUGGCGCUGUGAAGUCUUACAGAAUCCCGCUGCUAACAUACUACAUCGAGAGUAACAUUGUCAACAAAAAUCGUUCGGCUCUGUUGCUAGGCGCCUCAUUUACUGCCAUGCUUUUAGGACCCCCGGUAUCUUUAUUCCUUGGUAGCUUCUCCAGUUCUCUCCCUGUAGAUCUUAAAGAAACCAACAUGUCCAAACACGACCAGAGAUGGGUCGGUGCCUGGUGGCUCGGUUUUUCUAUCAUCGGACUGGCCUGUAUCAUCUGCUCCGUGCCAAUCAUGUUCUUUCCCAGACACAUGCGCAAGUUAAAAACUCGGAACCUUCCAGAAACGACACAGACCACAUCUCUACGGGUGAUGCUUCAGGACUUACCAAAGUCAUUAGGACGAUGUUUUCGUCGGCCUAUCUACGUACUGGCUGUCAUUUUGAACUGCAUCGAAGGAUUGGCUUUCUCUGGUUCAUUUGCCUUCUACCAGAAGUAUAUGGAGACACAGUUCAAUAAAACGUCACAAGAGAUCAGUACUGUCACAGGGGUAAUCACUCUGUUCACGAUAGUCAUGGGGACGUUCUGUGGCGGGUUGAUCACUACCAAACUCAAACUGGGAUUGCGAGGUUGUGCAGCAAUGACUCUGGGGCUAGCUACUGUCACCAUCCUUCUCAACUGCUUGUACCUUCUGUUUGGCUGCGAGAAUUCUGACAUCGUCGGAAUGGCGGGCAACAGAACCCUGGCUCUGGACGCCUGCGACUGCAGCCAGGAUGUGUUUAUCGUGUGCGGGGAAAACCAGGUCAACUACCUGUCUCCCUGUCUGGCAGGUUGCAGGAAUGCUACAACUGACAUGAUUUUCACAAACUGCACAAGAAUCAACAAUGGUCACGCAAGACCAGGGAUGUGCGAUCUUGACUGUCCUUACUUCAUCCCGUACUUGAUCAAUUUCUCCAUCGGAUAUUUUCUGGGAACUUUAACGUUAAUACCCCAGUUUUUGUUGACUGUUAGAUCUGUAGAACAGCGCGAUCAGUCGCUAGCAUCGGGAACUACGGCAUUCUGUCAAACUUUGAUAGGUAUUCUCCCGUCCCCUAUACUUUUCGGGAAGAUGAUAGAUAUGUCUUGCUCCCUGUGGAGCCCGAGUGGCAACUGCAUCCUCUACGACAGGGAUCGCUUCCGGUACAACUACUAUGGCGUCUACCUCGGUUUGAGAUUUGCCAGCCUGGGCGUGAUUGGCUCCUUACUGUGGCUAACGCACAAAGACGCUCGAAGAGAGAGUUCUAAACCAACAAGCAAGACAACAGAGGAAUAA